AUGGCGUGCUAUCUUAUUAAUAGAUCACCAAGGGCAUCAUUGGAUGAGAAAGGUGCAGAAGAGGAAAACGAAAAGUGGAUGGCUACCGUGGUUGAGGAGAUAGAGUCUUUGAAUCACAAUCGUACAUGGGAGUUAGUUUGCCUUCCUGAGAGUAAGAACCCUAUUGGUUGCAAAUGGGUGUAUAAGAAGAAACCAAUAGUAACAGAAAUAGAAAAGGAAAAGUUCAAGGCUCGUUUGCAUAUGCGUGGGAACCACAAGGAUACUAUAGCUACUGCAGAAGUAGAGGAUGUAGUCAAUGUUGAAGCUGAUGUCCAUUACUCAAGGCUGCUUCUGCUUCUUUUUGUAUCGGUGGGGUUUCAUAUCGGUUUGGAUCAUUCUCGGGCAUAUAAAACAAAAUGA